AUGGCCGAGUCACCAGGCUCGCCCCUUUCUUCUCUUGCAUCAGAGGAAUUUGUCGAAGACCUUCGAUUUGAAGAUCGGGCUCAGUCCCCUUCUUCCACCCACUUACCCCCUUCGAAACGGCGUAAGACGGGGCCGACUGCCUGGGAUCGUCACACUCCGAUAUCUUCUACGCACGAGGAAAUCGGUCCUACCUCUCCUUCUUCGUCGAUCUCAUCCGAUAGCUCCGCUGAACUACCGCCUUCUCCCGGUCUCCUAUCUCUCAUCGGCAGCGGUAUCGAUGAAGAUUACAGCGGUGUGGGUAGAGACCAAGUCACGGAUUGUCCGCGAAAAGGUCAAACUCAUGCUAGUGGGUACGCAUUGCGUGCUCAUAUGAGGAGCCACACCAAGGAGAAGCCGUUUUACUGCUCAUUACCUGAGUGCGACCGUAGUUUUACACGAUCCGAUGCCCUUUCAAAGCAUAUGAGAACCGUCCAUGAAACGGAAGCAUUAAAACCUUUCGACGCUCUAGGGAAACACAGCGCUCAAUCCGGGUCAGCGGGAAUUAACUUACUCAAGUUGCCGCGAAUUAAGCUCAAAUUGUCGCACAGCUCUAGAGACGGUAUCCUAGAGAGUGGAAAGGAGGACAAAGCGGACGCUCCCCAAAGAAACGAGCAGGCCCAAUCUCCGCCCGCAGAUACUGGACUCGAAUUCGAUGCUCACGAGCUCUCUUUACCUCUGAGCCAACUACACAGGCUACUCCGUCGACAAAUCUACUGGGCCGAGCAAGAAUCCAGACACCUGGAAUCAGAGUGGCGAACAAUCAUAAUCAAAAGGAGAAAAGCGUGGAGAGAAAAAGAGUCAAUCCUAGAAGACGUUAUUCAUGCGGAAGUCAAACUGUUCAGGUCAACCUUAACAGCCGAGGAUUUGGCACUCGGACAGAGCAUCAUCCAACCGAUAGCGCCGUAG